AUGACACGACGUGGUUCAUACGGGGAAGGAACAGACUUACUUGACAAGGAGAAUCACACUCUCACCAUUCAAUGUUCAAGAAUUGCCGGGAGUCUCCUUGAGCUAUCUUACAAUGCAUUCAUUUAUGCUCAAACGUCUUCUACCAUCAUUCAGUCUCAUCCUCCAGUCUACCCCGUUCAACUUCACAAGAGAGACAAAGAAGGGAUUGACUCCAUGACAUAA